AUGUUCUCGGCGCACGCGUCGGUCGCGGCUCAGCUGCAGGCGCAGCAAAGCGCGGCGGGUCUCCUUGCCUACGGCGACUGUCUUCUUCUUCUUGCCUUGAGAGACGCUCUGAGUCGGCUGUCGGCUCAAGCGUUUAUCCGACAGGAUGUGGCACAGACCAUAGCCGCAGUCGCUCAGCAGGAGCUGAUUGCUGCCCUCGUUCGCUCGGCGCCUUCGCUGCCGUCGAUCUGCUUGACGGGGCGUCUGUUGCUCUAUCGCUACCGACAGCAGCACUGGCUGCUGAUCCUGAAGUCUGUGCAUGCUGCCUGCCUUCCGCCGAUGACGCUGACCUCCAUGUCUAGCGGAGCCCCGCCGUCGACCGCCGGCGACGCCCCCGCAACCGCCAGACAGCGAGCGGAGGUCGUGAUGGCCUAUCUGCGUCGCUUUCUCCCGCGCGACAGGAAAGAAGGAAAGCGCGUUGUUCAGAGUGCCGUCGUCAAGUAUAACUUGCCGGGCUUCGAAGGGACGGCCGCGCGCAGACGUGUGGCGCCAGAGACAGCCAGCGACGAAAGAGAGACGGAGGACUCUGCCUCUGGCGAGGCUAGCGAACCGACACAGGCGAAGCCUGGCGCGGCGCCCCAGCCGAGCGUGCCACGGUCUGCCUGCGCCUCCGAAUCGCUGGUUGCGGCGCCCCCGAGCUCCGUGAGCGCCGUCGCCUCUCCAACGGCCCCAGCGCUUGAGGGCGCUGUCUACUUUGUCCACGAAGGAGUUUUACGGGCGUCAGUGCCUAACCGUCAUCAGCCGCAGAUCAACAACGUGAUUUCUGCAGCCCUCUCUGCCACGGGGGGCGGCGGCGCUCAGCCUUCCGAAAACAAAAAGAGACGGUCGUGA